CAGAAGCGCACGCUGUUUUGUUAUCAUGGCUCAGUUUAAAUACUGGAGACGCUUGUCUUUUUUCCUCUAGAACACAGUCUGUAGUUGUUAUUUCAGGUAAUAAACGGGGCCCGCUGCACCAAACAAUUUGUUUAUCGACUGUCUGGACAUUAAUUUGGGAUUAAAAUGGUCAUCAAGGUUUACAUCGCCUCCUCAACGGGCUCUGUCGCGGUAAAAAAGCAUCAGCAGGCAGUGGUGGGUUUCCUGGAGGCCAAUCGAAUCACCUUCCAGGAAGUAGACAUCACCAUGCUGGAGGAGCAGAGGCUCUGGAUGUACCGUAACAUCCCCAGAGACAAGCAGCCGGAGAAAGGCAACCCACUGCCUCCACAGAUCUUCAACGAGGAUCGCUACUGUGGGGACUAUGAAGACUUCUUCCAGUCAAAAGAGGACAACACUGUGUUUGCAUUCCUUGGGCUCAGUUCCCAACCCUCAGUGAAAGAUUCUGAGUCAUAGCCAAUAUCAAACCGCUGGUAUGAGACAGCCAGGGAACCUUGAAAUAU